CAGGAGGUGGAGGUAGAGGUCGACGAGGUUAAGAUGGAAGCCGAGGACCAUCUCGCCAGGGAAUACGUACAGGAGUUCGUUCUCGAUCAUCUCGAUCCCGCCGACGUCAAACGGGAGGUACGAAUCAGCUCACCGAUGAUGGUGAACGGCAGUGUGGUCCAGCUACCUGGCCAGGUACAGGCUCAGGGUUUAGCUUUGGCUCCGUUGACACCGCCCGCGCACGAAUUGGAGCAACCGCAUCCGCUUUACGGGCAGCCCCAUAUUCAGGUGCAACACGGUGUCCUGGUGAAAGCACCGCCUGGUGCGGCAUCACACCUGACCACUCUCUCGCAUCCUGGAACGCCGCCGGACACGCCUCCGGUCUCGGCCUCGCCGCCGCCGUUGCAGUUGCAUCGCGGCGAUCGGGACACGCGGGAUCGUGGCCUGUUCUUGCAUCUGCAACAGCCCGGCUCGUUGGUCCAGGACGAGAUGCAGCCCGCUUCCGGUGGUAUGGGCUGGCUGGCGCAGUCUCUCAGACAGGAACCGCUCGAUCUCAGGCCUCAUUGUCCCCAGGAGCAAACGCCUGAACAUCAUCACGAGGCUUGGCCCUCUACGCCGACGCAUCAUCAUUUUCAAGAUCUGCAACACCUGCAACGUCAUAGUAGACACACUGGUGGAUACAUCACGCUGUCGGGUCAAAUAGAGUACUACGGGGGCGCGGGUGCAGGCGGCGGGAUGCUUCCCGCGGGCGGAAGUGGAAUGUCUGGGAUGGACGACAGCAUGCAGGGAAUGCAGAUGCAACCGGGACGGCCGAUGAGCGUUUGUUCAGUGAGUUCUUGCGGUGCCGGUGGACCGAGUCCCGCGCACAGAACAGGGAACGGCCUCUAUCCGAACUGCGGCAGUAACAACCCACAAGAAGAACUCAUGAACGACGAGCUGCUCAUGUCCCUUUCUGUCCGCGAACUAAACAAACGCCUCCAUGGUUGCCCGCGGGAAGAGGUCGUGCGUCUGAAGCAGAAGCGACGGACUUUGAAGAACCGGGGCUACGCUCAGAACUGUCGCAGCAAGCGACUACAGCAACGCCACGAUCUCGAGACCACGAAUCGGAAUCUGCAGAACGAGCUACAACGGAUGAAGAUCGAGCUGGCGCGGGUCCAGCAGGAACGGGAUCUCUACAAGCAACGGUGCGAGAUUCUGAGGACCAGACAGAGUCAUCAUCAUAAUCAUAACCAUCAUCAGCAACAGGCGCCGCCGCCACAGCAGCAACAACAACCACUGCAGCAACAGCAUCAGCCGCAGAAUCAACAACAACAACAACAGUCCCAGCAACAACAACAACCGUCGCAACAACAACACCAACCAGCACCCGCUAGCCCCGAGGUUUACCUGUGACAUCGACAGCGCCGAGGAGGCGCUUGCUGGACCUGAACAGAGACCAUCCGUCAUGAGUUCGCGAAUUUUUCGAUCGUGGCAUACCUUGGCCGUGGGUUGAAAAUACCGGACCGGGCGACCGAGUGUGUGUCCCUUCGAGAAGCAGUUUUUCAAUCGAGACCACAAGUCCUCGAGCACACACGCAUCUCUAAAGCUCGUGUGUACUUACGUGUGUACAUAUAACAUAGGCGCUCGGUUUCAGCGGUUCUGUUUCCUUUUGCGUAGCUUCGUCGAGCCACGGCGAGGGCCUUGACUGUUAAACUGUCUCUUUGUAAAUCGUGUACGGAGCUAUACAGCGCAACUUAAGGUAUCAUUAGAUUAAAGGUAAUUAGUUCUGUUCGCGUAGGGUAUGUACAUGAAUAUAUCGCUCGUGGUAGACUGGAAACGUCUUCGCUAAAAAUUAUUGUGUCGAAACGGGCCAAAGAGGACGAAGCCACAAAAAAAAAAAAA